CCCCAGAUACACCCGACAGCUUGGUAACUGAAAGCGCAGUUUUACUGGAGGGUCAAAAAUAAUACUCAGACAGCGUGAAAAUGCCGUGUGGCAAAAAUUUCAGACGGAGAAGGGAUUCGUCCGACGACGAGGACGAAGAUAAUGGGACUACACAAGAAGUCAGAUCGAAAGUAGAAGAGGCAAAAGAGCUACAGAGCUUGAGGAAACGACAGAGCGGAGUCAGUAUAACUGCCUUAUUGGUUGGAGAGAAACUCCCACCAGAAGCUGAAAUAGACAAUGAUCCAUUCAAACUGAAGACUGGAGGGGUUGUAGACAUGAAGAAAGUGAAAGACAGGAACAGAGACAUGACAGAAGAUGAAACAGACCUGAGCCUUGGCACAUCAUUCUCAGCGGAAACUAACAGAAGAGAUGAGGAUGCAGACAUGAUGAAAUAUAUCGAGACCGAGUUAAAAAAGAAGAAGGGCUUGGUGGAGGCUGAGGAGCAGAAAGUAAAGGUGAAAAAUGCGGAGGACCACCUGUACGAGCUGCCAGAGAGUAUCAGGGUCAACUCUGCCAAGAAGACGGAAGAGAUGUUGUCCAAUCAGAUGCUGAGCGGAAUCCCUGAAGUUGAUCUUGGCAUUGAUGCAAAGAUAAAAAACAUCAUCCAGACAGAAGAAGCAAAAGCCAAACUCUUGGCAGAACAAAGGAACAAAAAGAAAGACCAGGGCACUUCUUUUGUCCCCACAAACAUUGCUGUAAAUUACGUCCAACACAACCGCUUUUACCAUGAGGAUGUGAAUGCACCACAGAGGCAUCACAGGCACAAAGAAGAACCCAAAGCUAGACCGCUGCGGGUGGGAGAUACAGAGAAACCCGGUCCAGAAGCUCCAUCACCACCCAACCACCGCAAACGUCCAAACAACGAAAAAGCCACAGAUGACUACCACUAUGAGAAGUUUAAGAAGAUGAAUCGAAGAUAUUAGCAUGGAAAUACUCAACAUGUCGUCUUUCCUAGACUGAGGCAUAAUGACAGCUCCUGGAUUUGGUUACCUAUAGAGUAAUGAUGGCAGUACAUUGAGUGUUUUACCUUGUAAUUAUUGUAAAAAGCAUAUGUGGUCUGUUAGGCAUGUACUGUUCUGUGGUGUCCCAUUAAAUUAGGCUCUUCACAAAUCUUAAAAACAAUUUUAAUACUGUUUAAUAAAAGUGCUCAAAUAUCAA